UAUAAAUUUCCUUUGCACAAUUUCCUGGUCUCGAAGAGACGACAAAACGAUUUUAGGCGCCAAACCUGUCAUGCACGACGAAGUCCCAAGAAGGUUGUGUUGAAAUAUUAUCAUAAUAAGGUGAACGCCAAGACGUGGGCAUCACUGCCUACUUUAUUCCGGACACACCUCGCACAUCAACCUACGGACUGCAUAUCCAGGAGCCCGAUUUGAUACGAGAUUUCACUAUAAACCUUUCCAGCGUUUCUUCUUAAAUUUCUUUCGUGUCUUAUUUGUAAUAAUAACACAAUUCACGAAAGUGAGCUAUGGAUCGGGUCGAAUUUAUGUGAAAGAUAAAUAAGGGCGUCAUUUGUGUUUUCUGUUUUACUUGUUCAAGGAUAUAUGCCCGUGAAAGAAGUGUGGGCAGUCGAUAUGUGGGCUGUUGAAAAACUUGAACAAGUUGGAGUAAUUGAACGGAUUUGUGGCCGUCGUAGGAAGAACAUUCGCCAGCAGAGCUGAACUCACCUGAAGCAAUAUCGAAUAUUCAUUCAUACGACUUGUAUGAGGUUUUCAAAAUAAGAGAUAGGAAACUGAUUAUGUACCGCACACGGAGAAUUUUGGACACUGACUAAUUCGAAGUAUCCAAAAAGUAUGAUUCAGUACGACAAAGAACUUUCGGAAAGACUGGGACUAUCAUUGGAUGGCCAACCAAGCUACACCGACUCUAACAAUAACGCUGGUUCUGACCAAUCAUUCAGCGAUAAAUAUUCCCUCAGGCCGAGAGCUUUGAGAAGAAAUAUCAUAAAAGAAGAUACGGAAGAAGCCAUAAUUAGAAACAAAUGUCGAAAUAAAAAGCAGAAACAGAAAGCAGCAUCCUUGAGUAAAUACCGAAGGAAAACCGCCAAUGCUCGGGAGAGGGGCAGGAUGCGAGAAAUCAACCAGGCAUUUGAAACCUUGCGAAAGGUAGUCCCGCAAAUUUCAGCAUCUCAGGAACAGAAUGAAAAACUGACGAAAAUAACGACCCUCAGAUUGGCGAUGAAAUAUAUAUCGACACUAUCGGCCGCUUUGACAGAUCCCAAUUCACCGGAGGACUUAUUUUCUGACUGGUCGGAGCUAGGAACUUUCUUGUUGGAAUCUGACGGAGAAUCGAUGGCGUUACAAAGUGAUAUGUCUGACCAUUCUCUCACUUCGCCAGAUUUUGGUAUUGAUUUUUCCAGUGACUCUUUGAAUACUUUAGAUUUUUCCCCCCUGAGUACUGAUCUCUCAGUGAGCUUAUCCCCUUUUGACCAAUUUUUGCCAGAUUUCAGUUAACACCUAUUUUUCGAAUAUGCUAUUAACGUCCCGUAUUUAGUUGUAUACUGUUGUUUAUAUGACGACAAUGUGAUUUGCUGUCAAAUCUUCCGGAUACUAACUUAUAAGUAGCAUUUAAUUCAACUCUCGUAAAAACAGCUUUACACAAUCAAAUUCCUCUAAUAUUUAAAAAUGUAUUUUACUGAUAAGAACAAUAAAUGAAUUUUUAUAUUU